GCGGUUCCAUCUUUUGAUUGGUCCGCCCUGACCCUCAAGCUGCGCAGCGCAACCUCCAUCACACAUCCCGAAUUGGGACGCGGAGUGGGUCUAAUUAGAUUUCCAAAUACGCCUCCAAAGUCGGUCGCAUACGCAUCGUUCUCCCGAAAACGGACAUCCACCAUGUCGUCGCAUAACAAGCAAAACGGUAGCUUGGCCGCCAACACCAAUGGCCUCAACUCCUCGGCUCCCACCUCUAAUGCCGCGAUAACCCCUUCGCCCGUAUCGGAAACAGCAGCCCUCUCGCCAAACCAUCCUAGAAAUCUGCGCAAGCUGGCUACAGUAGAUCUGACCGAUGACUACACCAUCAAGUCAUAUGUCGGCGCAGCAAACGCCUUGCGCGACAAGGCGCAAGCUGCAGAUUUGCAGGGGCAGCUUGAGCAGGCGUUCGUCAACUACCUCAAGGCAGCCCAGAUUGUGCUGUUUAUCCCAAAGCACAAAGAAUGGCAGGCAGUCGCCCAGCGCCGCUCUCCAAUCUACUAUCGCUAUCAGGAUAUCACACAGCGCACGCCAGAUAUGAUUGCGCGCGCCAAGCGGAUAGAAGAGCAGCUGAUUCAAAGAGAGGAGCGUCGAACACGAGAAGCAGUAGCGGAGGCUGCCGCUCGACAGGCCAGCAGCGAUGGGCAGGGGCUCCAAGAUGAUACUCGGCCCCGCUUACAAGCCAGGGAGGGAAUUGAAUGUGGAGAGGAGCAGGCAUUGUACGAGCUUGAUGGCCAUCUCGAGGCACUGAGCGUAUCAGACGCGCAAAUAGAAGAUGCUUUGAAGGAAUGGGGUAAGUCUUCGAACACAGCAGCAUCUGCGUCGUCGUCAGAUGUAGCUGCUCGUCAAACGGACCUCUCAGGUCCGCGAGCAAGUUCUUCAUCCUCAGCCAGUGCUACAUCCUCGGGAGACUCGCAUGUGCAUUCUUUUGCUCGAGAGGGAAACAUCACAACGUCUCUGCAUGGUCCUGGAGCCAUGCAUCCGCGCUCCGGCACGCCAGACCUUAGCACUGAAGAUGUGAACGCCAGGACGGAUGAGGCAGUGAACAGCCUCGAAGCACGCUUGCAAGCUUUGCGAGGAGGUGCAUCUGCUUCCGAUACUGCUGUUGGUGGCUCUGCCUCCUCAGCAUCUGGGGCUGCGCACAGGUUCGGCCAAGGCGGGCAGCCUGGCAGCACAGAUAGCUACAACUCGAUUACCGGUAGGCGCUUAGACCAUUCUGCAGCAUCGGCUACAGGCGGCCGGUUGCGAUCCGGUUGGGAACCGCAGGAGCUGGAAAUCCCUCACGAUGUACGACACUACUACGAGGAUGAAGGUGGGGAGCCGACACCACGCGAUGACGGCUCUGAAGCGUUCGACCAGCAGUACCCCUCACUCGACGAAUUUGAGCGCGAGAUCGGUAGCACAAGAGAUACAGGUACAGGAUCAGGUAUAGGGGGAUCAGGAAGACAGCCGACAAAUGGCUACCAUCACGCCGCAUUCGCGGAAGAAGGGGAGGAGGGCGAAGCGGCUGGACGGCCAAUCUUUCCGACUGCACCGGAUCACCAGCCUGGGUUUAAACGUGAUAUGAGAUCGUCGCUGGGUGAGCCGCCUUCACGGCCUGUCGGGUCGUUCCCACCCGCACCACCGACGGAGCUCAUGCAAAAUGGAGCAGCGCGCACAGUAGCAGGAGCGGUGGCGGGGGAAGAUCCUUUGCGGCCUUCUACUGCACCGAAUGCAUCGUCGACGGCCGCGCAGUCGAUCUCGAUGACCAGCGCUGCGAGAGCUCGCCCGCUCAUUCCGGCUGGCUCCAAGCCUUCAUCCAAGGCCGGUCCUUCGGCCAUGUGUGCCUCUACGUCCACAACCAGCAGCAGUAACUCCAUGACGCAUCCAGCCCCGCCGUUGCCGCCGCCGGCGCCACCCUCCGCGCCUGGUGCUGGCGAUGGAUCAUACGGCGUCAAGCCACAGCCUCCCUUGAGCAACCACGUCAAAGCGCAUGAGCUAUGGCAACUACUCAAUCCUGGUUUCGCAUCAGUGCGCGAUCAAGCGACUGGACGCGAAAUCAUUCUCAAGCGAAAGGGACUCAGAGUGCUCCUAUUGGAUCUUAGACCCAAAGAACACUAUCAGAAGGGAAGGAUCAAGGCGGAGCAUAUUGUUAAUGUCGAGCCGCUCAUGCUCAAACCUGGGAUGACAUCCGACGAGAUAGAGAACAAAUUGAUCUUGUCAACACAAGCGGAGCAGCAGGACUUUGCCAACCGGCAUACAUUUGAUCUCGUCAUUCUCUACGAUCAGAAUUCCAGGUCACUCGGCCCCGUGCCGAUCCAAGCAGCUUCAGGCAAGUUGAAUUCAUCGGAUGAGGCACGCGAAAGGUUAGACAUCGUGGUCAAGGCCAUCUAUGAAAGGGAGUUCCGCAAGAACCUGAGGCAUCAACCGACUCUUCUGGUGGGAGGCUUCGAAUCUUGGAUUAGGGCUGUUAGGGAAGAUGGCGCUGUAGGCAUCGGUGAACCGUCUGGCGAGACUGCAGUCAAUGGAGGAGCCGUCAAGCUUCGAUCUCCCAGUCAACCUCCACAGGAAAGUGAUAGGGUAUCAUGGCGACAAGGUGCAGUAUUGCCGGACGAGAUGGAUACACCGCAUACAACACACUCAGUAUAUCAGUUCCAUCUGACCGCCAAUGGCGCCUCCUCACUUACACCGCUACCCCCAGCGGCGGCCUUUGUGGCGCCUUCGCUUCCUGCUCGGGCAUAUCAAGCCGGUACGCCAGUAGGCAUGGACGGUUUCGCUGUGCUUCCUGCGCCAUAUGCACCUGGUUUUGUCGCAUCAUCUUCUCAGCCCCACAUUCCGUAUGGGGCGCCUCAGCCGAGUCGGAAAACAAGCUUUGACUACCCUCAGCUGCGCUCUCAACAGUCUUCAGACACCCCAACACCGCCUCCCGCAGCAGCAGGCAGCAGCACGCGCGCAACACAUGGGCGAACAGACUCAUCUACCUCCAUUCCGCACGCGACGAGGCUGCAGGAAUCUCUGCAUCGGCCACCGCUCGCCGUCAAGCACACCAACAGCUUGUUCACCUCGUCUCAGGUGGCUCGCGUGCGCAUCGGCUUGACAGGAUUGAAGAAUGUAGGAAACUCGUGCUACAUGAACUCGACGCUGCAAUGCUUGAGUGCUACGCCCAAGUUCGCGCGCUUCUUCCUCGAUGGGAGCUACAAGAAGGCGAUCAACGAAACAAAUCCGCUUGGAACGAAAGGCGUGCUUGCUGAGGCUUUCGCAGGGCUCAUUCGUGUCCUAUGGUCGGAGCACUACACCUUUGUCUCACCUGUGACCUUUCGCCAAGCGAUCACGCGCUUUGCCCCGGCUUUCCGUGGCUAUGACCAGCAUGACAGCCAAGAGUUCCUUGCAUUCUUGCUCGAUGGGCUGCACGAGGACCUCAACUACGUCAUCCACAAGCCUCCGCCGGUUGAGAUGACUCCACAGCGGGAGGCUGAGCUCGAAACGCUUCCACAGCAGAUUGCUAGCGUAAAGGAAUGGGCCAUUUACCGCCAGCGCAACGACAGUCUCAUCGUCGAUUUUUUCCAGGGUCAAUUUAGAAACAAGAUGACAUGUCUUACAUGCGGCAAGACUUCGGCCACCUACAACGCUUUCAUGUACCUGUCUCUUCCGAUCCCAAGCGGUCGGGGGAUCAGCAAGGUCACGCUGCAGCAGUGCCUCGACGCGUUCGUCAGGGAGGAGAUCAUGGACAAGGCAGACGCAUGGAAUUGUCCGCAGUGCAAGAAGCCCCGGAAAGCGACGAAGCGGCUCAGCAUCUCGAGACUUCCACAUUUCCUCUUGAUCCACCUGAAGCGAUUCUCCUUCCGCGGGCCCUACACGGACAAGAUUGAGACGCGCGUCACGUUCCCAACGAGCGCACUCGAUUUGACGAACUACAUGCCGCCGCCUCUCCCACCAGGCGCAAUAAUGAAGGGCGUCCCUGUCAGUGUUAGUCAGCAGCCGCCGUAUAUGUACGACCUCUUUGCUGUCACACAUCACUUUGGAACGCUCAGCUCCGGUCAUUAUACAGCGACAAUCCGCAACAAUGGACAGUGGGAUUACUGCGAUGACAGCCGUAUCGUCCGCAACGAUGAACGGCAGCUUCAUACCAAUUCGCCGUACGUCUUGUGGUUUCAACGACGACCAAAUUGAGGCGGGCUUGUAUUGCAGCAGACUUAUUCUCAUGGGUACUUCGGUAGAGCUUCACGCGCCCUGCAUUU